CCGGGGCGGGGAUUCCCGGGGGUGGGACUCGGGCUUCCCUGGCCUCCCUGGCCGGUGACCAGCGGUCCCGUUAGGUCUGAGCGGCCAUGGCGGCGCGCUCGUUGAGGCUGCUGACCACAUUGCUGGCGGUCGCCACCUCUGCCUGCCGGGCCGAGGCGGAGUCCGAGGCGGAAUGGGACAUGACGGCGCCUGAUCUGCUCUUCGCGGAGGGGACCGCGGCCUAUGCUCGCGGUGACUGGGCCGGGGUGGUUCUGAGCAUGGAGCGGGCGUUGCGUUCGCGGGCCGCCCUGCGCGCCCUUCGCCUGCGCUGCCGCACCCGGUGUGCCGCCGACCUCCCAUGGGAGCUGGACCCGGACUCGACCCCCAGCCUGGCGCAGGCCUCGGGCGCCGCCGCCCUGCACGACCUACGCUUCUUCGGGGGCUUGCUGCGCCGCGCCGCUUGCCUGCGCCGCUGCCUCGGGCCGUCGGCCACCCACUCGCUCAGCGAGGAGCUGGAAUUGGAGUUCAGCAAGCGGAGCCCAUACAACUACCUACAGGUCGCCUACUUCAAGAUAAACAAGUUGGAGAAAGCCGUAGCAGCAGCUCAUACCUUCUUCGUGGGCAACCCUGAGCACAUGGAGAUGCGUCAGAACCUGGACUAUUACCAAACCAUGUCCGGGGUGAAGGAAGCCGACUUCAAGGAUCUUGAGGCCAAACCCCACAUGCAUGAGUUUCGGCUGGGAGUGCGCCUCUACUCCGAGGAGCAGCUGCAGGAAGCCGUGCCCCACCUGGAGACGGCGCUGCGGGAGUACUUCGCGGCAGACGAGGAGUGCCGCGCCCUCUGUGAAGGGCCCUAUGACUACGACGGAUACAACUACCUGGAAUACAACGCCGACCUCUUCCAGGCCAUCACAGACCAUUACAUCCAGGUCCUCAGCUGUAAGCAGAACUGUGUCACCGAGCUUGCUUCCCACCCAAGUCGAGAGAAGCCCUUUGAAGACUUCCUCCCAUCGCAUUAUAAUUAUCUGCAGUUUGCCUACUACAACAUUGGGAAUUACACACAGGCCAUUGAAUGUGCCAAGACCUAUCUCCUCUUCUUCCCCAAUGAUGAGGUGAUGAGCCAGAAUCUGGCCUACUACACAGCCAUGCUUGGAGAAGAGCAAGCCAGAUCCAUCGGCCCCCGUGAGAGUGCCCAGGAGUACCACCAGCGAAGCCUGCUGGAGAAAGAACUGCUCUUCUUCGCUUAUGACGUUUUUGGAAUUCCCUUUGUUGACCCGGAUUCAUGGACUCCAGAAGAGGUGAUUCCCAAGAGACUGCAAGAGAAACAGAAGUCAGAACGGGAAACAGCCGCCCGCAUCUCCCAGGAGAUCGGAAACCUUAUGAAGGAGAUUGAGACCCUCGUGGAAGAGAAGACCAAGGAGUCGCUGGACGUGAACAGGCUGACCCAGGAAGGUGGCCCCCUGCUUUAUGACGGUAUCAGACUCACCAUGACCUCCAAAGUCUUGAACGGUUCCCAGCGGGUGGUGAUGGAUGGUGUAAUCUCUGAGGAUGAGUGCCGGGAGCUGCAGAGACUGACCAAUGCAGCAGCAACUUUAGGAGAUGGCUACCGGGGUCAGACCUCCCCGCACACUCCCAGUGAAAAGUUCUAUGGCGUCACUGUCUUCAAGGCCCUCAAGCUGGGACAGGAAGGGAAGGUUCCUCUGCAGAGCGCUCACCUGUACUACAACGUGACGGAGAAGGUGCGGCGUGUCAUGGCGUCCUACUUCCACCUGGACAGCCCCCUCUACUUCUCCUACUCCCACCUGGUGUGCCGCACCGCGAUCGAAGAGGCACAGGCCGAGAGGAAGGACGGUAGCCACCCCGUCCACGUGGACAACUGCAUCCUGAACGCGGAGGCCCUCGUGUGCAUCAAGGAGCCCCCCGCCUACACCUUCCGGGACUACAGUGCCAUUCUUUACCUGAACGCAGACUUCGACGGAGGAAACUUUUUUUUCACUGAACUAGAUGCCAAGACCGUGACGGCAGAGGUGCAGCCCCAGUGCGGAAGGGCCGUGGGAUUCUCUUCGGGCACAGAAAACCCACAUGGAGUGAAGGCUGUCACCAGAGGGCAGCGCUGUGCCAUCGCCCUGUGGUUCACUUUGGACGCUCGACACAGCGAGCGGGACAGGGUGCAGGCGGAUGACCUGGUGAAGAUGCUCUUUAGCCCAGAAGAGACGGACCUCCCCCAUGAACAGCCCCAAGAAGCCCAGGAGGGGCCCCCCAAGCCCGUACAGGGCUCUGUCUCCAGCAGUGAGUCAGGGCACAAGGAUGAGCUCUGACAACUCACAUGUGGACGGUGAUCAGACCCACGUGAGGAACUCUGUCCUGCACCCUGGACUGGCCAGCCUCGGGUGAGGAGCGGUGGGGAACUUAGGUCUGUCCCCCAGCUGAGGGGACUCUGCUCAUAGCCGUCCACAUGGUGCUACCGCUUUUGGAGUGGACAUAGCAGGACGGCCCUCUCCCCCUGGGCCUGACCAAGGGCUCAGGACGCAGGCCCAGAGCCACUCCGGGGGCCUGCACAGGCAGCCACGUGACAGCAAUACAGUAUUUAAGUGCCUGUGUAGACCACCAAAGAAUAAAUGAUUCGUGGUUUUUUA